AUGGGUUGUAUGGGCUCAAAGCCCGUUGACACAACGGAUAAGGAUGCGUUACAACGAAAUGCUCGGAUAGACAAGGUCCUGAAGAAUGACAAAAAAGUGAUGGAUAGGACUAUCAAGAUUCUCCUUCUCGGUGCUGGCGAAUCAGGAAAAUCAACAAUCAUAAAACAAAUGCGCAUCAUCCAUUCUGGGGGAUUUCCUGACGAUGAACGCCGUCAAACGCGUGCAGUAAUCUAUUCCAAUGUUGUCAUUGCAUUCAAGGUUUUGCUGGAUAUUAUGCGCACGGAAAGCAUCGAGUUUGAGCAAGAGAAGACAAAGCCACUUGCGGAUUAUAUGGAUACUCUGGAGUCUGACGUGGGCUCAGAUGAAGCAUUUUCCGACCUCAAGGUUCGCGAUGCCAUGAGAGACAUGUGGAAUGAUGCAGGGGUGCAAAAGGCUGUCGCUAGAGGGCAUGAAUUUGCUCUACACGAUAAUCUGCAUUACUUCUUUGAUUCACUUGACCGGAUAUUCGCGCCUGGCUGGCUUCCAGACAAUCAGGACAUGCUCCAAGCGCGUUUGCGAACCACAGGAAUUACAGAGACUUUAUUUGAACUUGGCCAAAUGAACUUCCGAAUGAUGGAUGUUGGUGGCCAACGGUCUGAGCGCAAGAAGUGGAUCCAUUGUUUUGAGGGUGUGCAGUGUCUUCUCUUCAUGGUAGCCUUAUCAGGCUACGACCAGUGCUUAGUGGAGGAUCAGAACGCUAACCAAAUGCACGAGGCCAUGAUGCUGUUCGAGUCAUUGGUUAACGGAGAAUGGUUCAAGCGCAAGCCCAUCAUUCUUUUCCUAAACAAGAUCGAUCUCUUCAAGGGCAAACUAAGUGUCUCCCCCGUGUCUAAACACUUUCCGGAUUACAACGGUUCGAAUACGGACUUUGAUGCUGCGGCAAGAUAUUUCGCUGACAGGUUCCGCGGCAUCAAUCGUAUCCCCGACCGAGAGAUCUACAUCCAUUACACUAAUGCGACUGAUACAACAUUGCUGAAAGCAACCAUGGAUUCGGUGCAAGACAUGAUCAUUCAAAAGAAUCUGCACACUCUUAUCUUAUGA